AUGAAUAUCAGCGGUCACCACUUCAUGAAAACGUUUGAAAAGGACUUUGCCGACACCGGAGAGUACCGUUUAGUGCUGAAGGAUCUCGACUCCACAAACGGGACUGUCGUAAAGUACGAUGGGAAGGGCGGAGAGCGGCGGAGCGGCUUUCGCUGGAUCCUCUCGGGACACAAAAACGCCAGGUCCUCAAUCAUCAUCGAGGUCAACAAAUACGUUAGUUUCCAGCUCGCCGUGUUUAUCCCACAGAUAGGGAUGACCGGCGCCCUCGUCGAGCAGGUCCAACGCUUCCUGAAGCCGCUUCCGAUAGACUCCCUGGUCGGCAGUCUCAACGUCGACGCUACGCUGAAAUCUACAGCAUUCACUCCGGGGCCGGGCGCUCCCAAACCAGGCAGAAAUGCGGCGCCCAUUCUGCUCAACAAGGGCAGACUCGGCAAGGGAGGUUUUGCCUCUGUAACGCACUACUGGAAUGUCGGCACGGGACUCGCUUUCGCAAGAAAGAAGCCUUACAGGGAGUUCAACAGGGACGAAGAAGAGAGGUUCAGGAACGAGAUUGAGCUGCUGAGCGGCCUGGAUCAUAAACACAUCAUUAAACGCCCUGACAACCCAGACGACGAAGAACUUCGAAUUGACUUCGAGUUGAUUGAGGGAGGGACUCUCGAGUCCAAACGCGGCCAGUGGUCGUUCGCCACCAAGGUGGAAGCCCUCAAGCAAUGCCUCGAGGCGAUUAACUACCUUCAUACGCUGCCUCAACCAAUUGUUUACCGGGACAUCAAGUCCGCAAAUAUCCUCGUGGACAAUACCAGGACGGCAUCUCCCACCGGGAUACACCAUGGACGUGGACAUCUGGUCGAUGGGUGUAACCGCGUGCGAUUUGUUGCCAAGAUACCACGCGAGAAGCUGCUCCACAAGGAAUGCUUGAGGUUCAUCGAGAGGGCGGAACGUGAAGCAAACGCCCAACCGCCGAAGGAAUCGCGGCUGCUUCGAUUUAUCUUGGAAAACAUGCUUGUCAUGGACGCCGAGUCGCGCAAAACCGCUGGGGAGUGCCUCAAAGCGCUUGCCCAGACCACUUUUGACAGUGGUGAUAACGGUGGAGGCGUGGAGAGCAGCGAAAUCACCGGCAAGGAUGGCGAUGGCGGCGGAAACGGCGCCACCGGAGGCAGCCGUGGUGACCACGGAGAUGGCGACUGGGAUGUUCCAACGGAGCGGCCACGCUCGGCAGUGCAAGCUCGCCCCAGUCGCAUCAUUAAGCGUAGGGUAUCGCGAUCGCCCUCAUCGUCUUCGAACCGCAGAGGAACCAAGAGACAAUACAUCCUGUGCACGCCCGAGGCAACCAUCAUUCCGUGCACGCCCGAGGCAACCAACAUCCAACCCCCUCGCGUGAUAACAUGCGACGACUCGGGCACGGAGACCGAGGAACAUUCCGAACGGGAGACGGAGACGGAGACGGAGACGGAGACGGAGGGCCAUUCCCAAGGGGCCACAGAGAUUGAGGAACAUCCCGAGCUAGCUCGCGCCGGAAGCAGUUCCAAUGCCGCCGACCCGCCGCAGUCCUCGCCGUAG